GACAGUACAGAUGAGAGACAGAGGGCAAGACCAAUCAGUGGAAAUCUCUUUCCGCAUUCUGUAGUAGACGAAAAUGGAUUAUGGAAAGUAUUGCGUGCACAGCCGCAUAUGGUCUCUCUUUCUCACACACGCACACAUCUAACGGGAACAUUAGAUCUUAAAAACUAAACAACUGCGAUUUCUCAGCUGAACUCUGUAUCCUCAUCGCUCAGUGCAGGAACUCGGGAAUAAGGUGUCUGUCAAAAUGAUGCGCCUUGCCCUGCUUGUUUUGACCACUGCUUUGUCUCUCUGCUCAUCUCUGGAUGUCAAUGAGAAACCAUGUAUGCGAGCAAAGCACAACAAUGCUCACGCCACCUUCCUCAAGCGGCAUCUUCCUGAUGGUGUGCCAAAGACAUGGGACCAGAACGUGUGGAAUGCACUGCUCAGGCAAAUUAAGACAUGUGGCAGACCCACUCAGUCCUUUUUCCAUGAGAACGACAGAGAGCGUGUGAAUGCAGUGUGCACCAAAGCUGGUGGAAAACAGCACUCUGACAACCUGUGCAUCAGUAAGGAGAAAUUCUCCUUUGUGACAGUGCGGGUGAAUGUGCAUGAGGGUUUGUGUGGCAUUAAAAGUAUUCGCAAUGAGUCCAAACACAUCAUUCUCGGGUGCGAUGAGGUUGCGGAUGCGUGUCGCCCUGUUCAUUUUGAAGGAAACCCGAAUGAUCUGAUGCCCAGUAAUAAUCAACCUGACUGUGGAGAAUCCUCAGGGUCCAACUCCAGGUUUAAAGUGGCCAUGUUUGAAAUCCUUCUAGUGUUCAAUUUAUUGGCUUUGAUUUACAUUUUGUGAUAUGACAAAUGAUAAUGCCAGAUGUUCUGAAUACACACCAGUGUUAAAUAAACAGUAUUGGAUGAACUCAGUGUUGAAUAAAAGAUAUAUAGAAUUAGAUGAACUGUUACAGCUUUGAAUUAAGAUAAAUAGAGUUGCAAUGGAAUACACUGUGGAGCUGACUCUCACAGAGUCUUAUCAAACAUUUGACUUGCAAGCUGUUACACGCAAAAUUAAUAAAUACAUUUACUGAAAUUA